AGGUGCGUCACGUGGCCACAUUUGGACCACGGCACAUACUCCAUAACAAGCUCCGCAUCACUACACCUCGCAGCAAUAACUCUGCCGGCCGGCGCCAAUGGCCGGACAAGAACAGCACCGCCACGGCCACCGCCGCCGCGUCGUGUUGUUCCCGCUGCCGUUCCAGGGCCACCUCAUCCCUAUGCUCCAGCUCGCCGCGCUCCUCCGCGCGCGGGGCCUCGAAGUCACCGUCCUCCACGCCAACCUCAACUUCCCCGACCCCGCACGCCACCCGGAUCUCGCCUUCGUCCCCAUCCACGAGACGCUCCCCGACGAGGUCACCUCCCCCGGUAAUGACAUCGUCAGGCAGCUCCUGGCCCUGAACGCCGCCUGCGAGGCGCCCUUCCGAGAGGGCCUCGCGUCGCUGCUGCGCGGCCAGGACGUCGCGUGCGCGGUGGUUGACGGACAGUGCUACGCGGCGCUGGUCGCGGCCAGCCAGCUUGGUGUCCCCGCGCUAGCGCUCCGGACGGACAGCGCCGCCACGUUCCGCAGCAUGCUCGCCUACCCGCGGCUGCGCGACGCCGGCUUCGUUCCCAUCAAAGAAGAACGGCUGGAUGAGCUGGUCCCGAAGCUCGAGCCGCUCCGGGUACGAGAUCUGAUCCGUGUCGACGGCAGCGACACGGACGCGCUGUGUAGCUUCAUCACCACGGUGGCCGACGCCAUUCGGGCCUCGGCGUCCGGCGUCGUGAUCAACACGUUCGAGGCGAUCGAGGCAGCGGAGCUGGCCAAGAUCCAGCACGAGCUGUCCCGUCCAGCCUUUGCGGUUGGGCCUCUGCACCUGCUGGCCCAGGCGCCGGUGGAGCAAAGCCUUUACGUGCUGGACCGCGGCUGCCUGGAUUGGUUGGACGCGCACCCGCCGCGCUCCGUGCUGUACGUGAGCCUGGGGAGCGUGGCCUGCGUCGACCGCAAUGUGUUCGAGGAGAUGGCAUGCGGGUUGGCCAGCAGCGGCGUGCCGUUCCUGUGGGUCGUCCGGCCUGGAUCUGUCCGCGGCGUUGGUGAGGAGGUUCCACUUCCACCAUUGCCAGAUGGGGUCAACGAGGAGGUAAGGAACAGGGGGAAGAUUGUCAAAUGGGCACCACAAAGAGAGGUCUUGGCGCACAAUGCAAUUGGUGCGUUCUGGACACAUUGUGGAUGGAACUCGACAUUGGAGAGCGUUUGCGAAGGGGUGCCCAUGCUUGCUCAGCCAUGCUUUGCGGACCAGAUGGUGAAUGCGAGGUACGUGACGCACGAGUGGGGCGUUGGGCUGGAGGUUGGGGAAGUGAUUGAGAGGGAGAGGGUCGCCAAGGCGGUGACGAAACUGAUGGUAGGGGAAGAUGGAGCUCAAAUGAGGGAGAGGGCACAACAUCUGCAGAUGCAAGCAUCGGCUGCUACUAGUUUGUCCAUGGACAGUCUAGUCCAGUACAUAUCGUCCCUGUGAACUGCCAGCAUCUUUGAAAAUUGAUUCCGCCAUGAAUAGUAAACUAAUGUCCUGCAAAACUGUUGAAAUGUCGAAUAAUAUGUUGCAACUUUCAUUCCAGAAAACUGAAUCCACUACCACCAAAGGAAAUGGUUCCAUUCAGGAAGGAGUCAAAAGGAAAAGGUGUAUGAAGUUCUCAUUGUGUGAUAUUACCUUCUCAAUGCUAGUGUCUUCUUGAACAAUUUGAUUAGGAUUUAAGAGCACGGGAAGUGAUGAAGAGCAACUGCUGGAGGUUUCAUUCCAAGAACAGGCACAGACAGUACAAAUAUUUAGUCAGAUUACAUGUGCAGGAAACAUCAAACAUCCAUAAGAUCAGCGGACAAGGUCAGGUUUGUUUCUCGUUCACUAUCCCUGUAGCAGAUGACAGAAUCAAAACCAAAGUUCAGGCUUCCACUUGCUCUAUUUCUUUGCUAGAAGCAUCAGCAAUUCCCAAGGCGUUCAGACAUUUAGCAACGACAUGAGGGCGCUGAGGUAGCAGGUGAGGUUCUCCUCCGGAAUCAGUUCGCCGGCGUCGUCAUCCACGGUGUACUUGUGGAGCGUCAUCUAAGGCCGGCAUUCAACAGCACAACAAGGAUCGCAUUGUAGUACCACUCAACCAACACAAUUCGCAGUGGACGACAAGAGGAACGGAUGGAGGAGCCCCUCGAGAAUCCGCAUCAUCUGCUCCCGGUACUACUCCAUCUUGCGACACAGACAGUGUCCUCAUUCCAUGUGAACUCGAUCGUCCCCGCCGUGACGCUGCCCGCCCUACCAAUGUCGACUGUGAUGUCUCCGAUCGGCCUCAAGAAGCCGCCGUGAGGGCCGACGUAGACGUCGUCCAGAGGUCGAGGCUCUUGAGGAGCGGCAGGCGGAUGCCGACGCGGGAUUGCACGAACCUGGAGUGGAAGAUGCACAGAUACUGAAGCUGCGGGCACCAGCACCACGCGCCCGGUGGGAACGGCUACUCGACGGUGACGGAGUUGAGCGUCAGGGAGGGCAGGGACGGGAGGCACGGCCACUCGUUGAGCACCACUGUGUGUUAGAUUUUACUUAAACUUAAUUAUCAUUACUGCCUAGCCUAAGCACAUGAACACAAGAUUUGAGAUGCGUUUGACUAACCCGAUUAGAAUAAGCAUCUUGGUCGCUUGACGAAGAACAGCGACAGGGAUCGGAUCGUGAUCGAUGUAGCUUCAAUUGUCAUGUGUCUAUAUUAUUGCUAUCGCCUGCGUUGUGAUGAACAGCUGGAAGGUCCCGGUAGCGGCGAUGACCUUCAAACCACACCAGAGAUUCUCAGAGUCGGUUUUUGAGUUUGUUAGGGCGUAACCAACUUCAGUUGAAACUCCCCUAUACCUUAACUCCCUGGGUGGCUUGGGACCGAAGCCUUUUGGCUGUGCAUUGGAUGCGCUCCAGAUCACCACGCAUGUAGGUGAGUAGUUAGUCCCUUGAAGACUUGCUCAUUUUUGACCAGCCGAGAUCACACAAUCAACAUUCUCACACUUGAUCGAAUUAGAUCAUAAGUUCCACAUUUAAUAGGGCAGCACACCAAGGUAAGCGUUUACAAGGGCCACUAAACAGCCAAAAAACUCAUUACCUAUAGCGUAUCAUUCUAUCUCGAUAGGAUAUUUACUUAUUGGGAGAGGGCAUACAUU